GGCUGCCAUAGCACUAUGGUUAUUAUACCCGUUGACAAUAUAUUUUCCAUUUGGCGGUACUUCGUUUAGGAAAGUGCAGAAGACACUGCAAGGAGUCGACCUUGUCUGCUUGGGAUCAAAAGCUGCUGACCGGGAUCAAAAGCUCGGGCAAGGGCUACCUUGCUAAAGCAGUACAAUUAGCGUUAAGAUAGUGUGAGCGUCCUUCAGGGACCCGAAAUAUGCCGCCUUGGGGGAGCAAAUGGCUGGAAAACGAGGCGUCCUGUGUAUCACCUAUAUCGAUGAACAAUUCUUCUGCAGAGCCUCGAAAUGAUGAAGCGUCUACCAGCGGGCGGAGCCACCCCACGCCGCACCAGCAAGGCAGGCAGCAAGGGACGCGCUGGGUCAACGUGGUGCAAGGAAUUCGACGGAGCCUCGACGUGCACUUGAAGAGCUACUAUAAGGUUGACAGCGCUUUGGCGAGUUCCCUACGGCAUGCCUCCGCAAGCGACAAGCUUCGUGCUCUCGCGCGUGGUCUUAUCGGCACCGACCUCAUGGAAUUCUGUUGCGUGUACCUCAUCCAUCCGGUCCGCCGUACCUUUGGCGUGGUGGCCCUGAGCGGCGCGGGCGCGGAGUUCUACCCGCCCCUGCUGUCCGAGGAGACGGCGCAGUGGGCGGCACGUACGGCUGCUGCGGGGGCGGGCGCGGCGCCUGUGCUCAACGUCUUCACCCGCUGCGUGUUCCAGGUCGCCGACUCCAACUGGUGUGUGGAGGACGUGGCGACCAGCAAGUCCCCCUGGUACUAUGACUGCGCCUCGGCGCUCAACGGAUUCGGGCUGCCGGCGGAUGCGGAGUGGCUGCGGCGAGUGGGCAUGCGCAGCGUGCUGGCGCUGCCCUGCCUGGCGGCGGGCGAGGUGACGGGGGUGCUGGUGGUGGCGAGCAAGCACAAGACGCUGGACCACUUGCUGCUUCGUAAGCUGGAGGACUUGUGCUUCAAGCUGUCACCCGUCGUGCCAGACGCGGUUUCAGAGCAUGCCAAACUGCUCAACAACCGCCUUCUGGCAGCGCGGUACGAAUCCGUAUCAGAUUUCGCACACGAGGUGCUCGGGGAGCUGCUGAAUCUGGACAAGGCCGUUGCACAAUCGGUUUGUUGUAACGGUAAAGGUAACGGCAAGGCCGCUGCAUGCUCCGGAGCGGCAGCGGCAUCAUCGUCGGCGGCAGGAACGGUUCCUUCACAGCCGCAGGAGCAGCAGCAGCAACAACACCGACGGCAAACCUCCAAGGCCGCAGCCGCUCUGAAGGCCGCAGCCGCAGCGGCGGCGGCGUUCGGGCGUGGCGGAAAGGGGCGCAAGGGGGAUGAAGGCAGGGAUCACUUAGAGGCACAGGCAGCAGCGGCGGCUGCGGCAGCGGGCUUUACGUGGACUGUGCCGGCGCCGCCGCCGCCGUCAGCGCAUGCCAGUGGCGGGUGGCUAGCGCGGCUGCAGCAGGGCUGGCACCACCAGGCGCUCAACCCGCCAGCCGGCGUGCAGCCGCCAAUACCGCCGGCGGCGGCGGCGCUAGCGGCGGCAGCGUUGCCUCAGCCGCCGUCCUCGCCGCAACCACCCAAUGCGACGGCGUCUGUCGCCUCCGACGGUACCUUCUUCUCAGCGCUCACCGGCGGCGCCGAGGGUACGGCUCGUACCUCAAAUCUUGGAUCCAGAGCCUCCUUGCUGAGCGAAGUAGCCCAGAUCUCAUCAGCACUUCCAGCCGUGAAUCAGGCUGUCGCCGCGGGCACGGUGUUGCCGUCGGCAGCCGCCGCCGCCGCAGCAGCAGCAGCAGCAGCUGUUCUCGCGGGAGGCGAUUUCCGGGAUCCAUUAAAGCUGGGAGACUUCCUACCGUUGCCGUCACGGCAGCAGCAACGUGCGGGUUCAUCGGAACGUCGCGGAUCCCGCAGUAACCGCAGCCUGUCGUGCGUUGAGUUCAGCGGCCCCAUUCCCACAGCCUCCGAGGGAACGUCGAAUGAGGAUGCCGGAUGCCGGGGAAGCGCCGCACGCAUGCUGGCCGGUGCUGCCGCCGCCGCCGCCACAGCAGCAGCAGCAGCAGCAGCAGCUGGCAACUAUGGUUGCGAACUCGGCAUUCCCUCGAUCACGGCUAAUGUGCCAUCUCCUCAGCUGCAAUCUCCCGACGCCUCCGCCGCUGCUGCUGCAAACACGGCGGCGUCAAGGGCUGCGGCUGCGACUGCCGACAGCCACCCGACGACGUCACAGCACAACCCGGCAGUUGCCUUCAGGGCUCGGCAACCAACGCUGUACAACCAACAACAACCACAAAUCUGCUUCGCGCGCGUUCCCAUGACAGCGCUAGCAGGAGGCGUCGCAAGCGACAGUGCGGCGGCGGCGGUCGCGGCAGAUGGACGUUUGUUUCCGAUGGAGCUGCUGUCCGUUAGCGCGCACGACGGCGGUGCCAUGACAGCCUCUUCGGGUCGCAUGAGCGGAUCGGGUAACGGUAGCCUGAGCGGGAGGUUCAUGAUGGAAGGGGGCAGCAGCGCUCUUGAUAAGCUGCAGCUCGGUCCUGCUGCUGCUGCUGGUGGUGGAGGCAUGCUAUCUCCGCAGGAGGGCAACAGCCCCCAAUGGUUCUCCAUGAUCCGCGGGAUGCCCCUGCAUUCCAGCGGAGGUAGCAGCAGCGGCAGCGCUGGCGGCAGCAGUAGCGGGCAGGUGAAGGCAGCACUAGCGGUGGCGCCGACGGCGGCAGCAGCAGCGGGUGGGCCGCCUCCGGCAGCGACUGCGGCGCGCGGCAGCACCUCCGCUUCCGACGUGUCGUGCGCCGUACGGAAUUCGGCCACAACAGUCUACGGCGGUAAUUCGACCGCCGCAACGAACGCGACGUAUGGGAUGAUGUACGGCAGUGAGGCUGGCGCCGGCGGCGUCGGCGGGAGCGACUUGAUGGCGACGGCGGCUUUGUGGGCGGUUGCGGCCGGCAGUAGCGCUGGCGGCGGCGGCGGCUGCAACUGCGUCGGCGACUUAUCCAUGGGCGCUCGUCACACGCAUCCGGAGCCCAGUGCAGUCAUUCGCGACGGCGGCGAUGGCGGCGCAGUCGGCGGCGAGUCGUCAUUGGCUCGUUGGAGCCGCGACAGCGUCGUUGCGGCUGCCGCCUUUUGGGGCGACGAGGCGACGGAGGCAUUCGCCGCUGCGGCUCGCUUUACGUCGUUCGUACAGGGCGGCUCCGCAGCUGCAACUGACAGUGUACGGCACGCGUGCGGCGAGUCGGGCAACGGCGCUAGAGCUGCGGCGGGGUCGGGGGCUUCCUUUACGGGAAGACCUCGGUCACGAGUGGAGAUCGCACGUGUCAGCAAGGGCAGCUUUACCGCCGCCGAGGCCGCUGUGAACUGCGAGACCCACAAAUGCCCUGCCGUCGACGCCACCACCGCUGCUACUGCCACCCUCAAUUUCACCAUGGGCGGCUUGUACGGCAUUCGUGAAUCUGGAUCCGUACCAUUGGAGCAACUGAAAGCCAACGGCAGUAACGCAGAGAGCAACGGAAUUCCGGACGGCAGCAGUGAUGAGAGUGACGAUUGCGGAGUAACGGUUAUUGAUCUUAAAUCGGACGGGGCGAUUAUGGGCUGCGGCGCCGUCGGCGGCGGUGGCGGCUGCAGCCGAGGCAGCGGAAUGGGCGGUAGCCCUGUCGGGGGCCUCCUGUUUCAGAGCAGCCUGGGUCGCCAAGCGCAACAGGGCUAUUGCCAUGUCUACACAGGUAUGCAGCAGCAACAACAGCAGCAGGUACAGUUUCCUAGGCCUUCAUCUUUCCUCCAAUACCGUUACCAGCAGUAGCAGCAGCAACAACAGCAGCAGCUGCAGCGGGAGCAACAGCAGCAGCGGGAUCAAUACCUACAGGAGGCAGAGGUUAUUGAUCUCUUCGCGACGCCGCUAAGCAAGCUUGAAACUGGAGGGUCGAACCGAGCAGGACUGCGGCAUGUUUGCUAAUUAUGGAAGGUGGACGGGCGGAGCUGGGCUAAGCUAUUUCACGGUGGUUGUUUUAUGGUUGUGUAUACUGCGUUUUAUAUUUUGUUAUGCUCCCUUUGUUGCAGCUUCGUUUCAUUAUGGCGUACGGAAAAGAGACAGCUCGGAAGCAAAAGGCAGCGGUGGGCAAGGUGGUUUAGAGAAAGGAAUUGGAAGACAUUGUUGCCUCUCCCUCAUCUCCUCUCGCUGCCUUUGUUUUUGUGCAUGACAAAACGCUCCGUACAAGACAUACAUGCCGGAGGAAGGAGGAUGAACGCUUUGCUUCACUGGAUGUUUGCGGUUCCCCUCCGGACUUACUCAUUGAGAAUGGCGCGGCAUAUGACGAGGCCUAGUUGCUUGCUUUGCGCACGCUACACGUUUCCUUUGUUUGAUUAAUGCUGGUGGUACUGGUGGUACUGAAAUUAAAUGAUGCACAGGGCAGAAGCACGGGGCCGGCACAGUAAUCCGCUCGCAUGUACAUGAGAGGGGUUAAGGGGAGGUAUAGAGGUGGGCUGUUUGGAACGCUUUCCUGGUCGGCAUGGUGCUUGGGUGAGUGCCAUGUUGGGUACGCGUGUUGGGUUCGCGGUUCCCUGAUGCGGGUUGUUUCUGCUGCGGCACAGAGGCGGAGGGUAUGGCGGUAGAGGCAGGUGGAGGACAGUCCUUUUGGUGUUGUUUAAUUUUGGUUUAAAUUGGCGCGGGGGGUAAACUUAAGAAAAACUGACGAGCUAACUAACGAACUGUAUGAUAAGGCUUCACCAUAGUUGGCGCGGGGGUAAAGAUAAGGAGAAACUGACGAGGCGUGGGGGGGUGUCGAUGCUAAGGAGGAGGACGUCCGAGGAUAGAGGAGUGCAGGGUUGCCCAUUUAGAACUGGGAAGAGGGUAGGGGCGGAGGCGUGUGGAAGUAAGAGAGAGGGAGAGAGAGGGGGAAAUAGUGGUGGGGAAAAAGCAGUGAGGCAGGGAAGAGAGGAUGGUUUCAUUGGGGAGGCUGUGCAUUGGGGGUUAAGAGGGGCAUGCAGCACUAAAUAUUUGCGCAUAUGUUAAAAGCCCCGCAGAAUUGAAGCCGCAUUAUGUGGCAUGAGGUGCCGUACAAAAAUACAAGGACGGCAGUGAGAUGGCUACAAAUACUACAUUAAUAAUCAUUAACGCUGCUAAUGCUUAUAAUGAAAUUGUUGCGCUUUGGGGCGACGGAUUUUCUUAACAGGCUUGCGUGAAGCACGUGGGUCAACGAGAAGGAGCUAGGUGUUGCUGAAGGACGAACGCGGAUUAGGCUGGCUGUUGGGGUGUCAAGGUCCCGUUCCUGGGGUUGUCGUCAAGCGGUAAGCUGGGCAGUAAUGAGCUUCAUGCUCUGCAUCAACUCACUUUGUCUUUAUGCGGUUGUGUCUCUUGACUAGGAGAUAAUACGAGGUGGCUGAAAUGUUAUCACGGAAAAUCACGGUUGGUAUGCAAGGAGGCUCGGUUCGAGCGUUGACGGCGGUAGAUUAAGUUUUAAGUGUCGCAUGGUGGUUCGUCUCUCUGUAUUUUCAAUAACAAGCAGUUGCAGCGGCCGUUGCACGGAAUCGUUACUAAGCUGUACAUUUACGGUUUUUUGGCGGCAACCAUGGAUCGCUGCCCGGAGCGAAUUGGGGAUCCGAAGGAUAUGACAGGAUGUAUCAAACAAAACUUCAAUUUUGGCGGCCUGCUAAUCCGAAAGGGCGAUGUGUAAGCCCGGGAUAGGCCUGCAGGUAUGGAACAUCCACAAGCACUUUGAAACCCUUUACGCUACCACAUUUUCCUCCCGGUGUACACGCCUUUGUCCGUUGCCGUCGGUCCCACAAACCAAGCGCGACUUGGGAGUCGGAAAUCCGUGUGUUUUCCAAUUUUGCCCACAUGAUGUUAGACCAGGCUCAACUUGGACGUGGCAAUAACGCAUUUGUACGGCUGUAGCGGAGGUUUACAUCCUGCAUUUGUUGAGAGAGUCUGUCUGACGUGGAGGAGUUAAAGAAACUGCGCAUCCUUCCGAACUUGUGCUCAGCGGAGCUGGAUGUGGCCCAUGUGCGCACCUAACCCGCCCAGUCAUUGGCUCAUUGACAUUGGAGGGCGUCGGACGGAUACUUAAUAGGAGUAGUAACGCAUUAGACACGGUAGGGUUUCCUAGAAUGGUUGCAUGGGUUGGGUGGUUGCAUUGUUGGAUUUCUUGGCGGGGCACUGCCUGAUACGCUUGUAAGGAGCGAGGGACUAGGAAGCAGGGGGCAAACAUGUUGUGCCUGAACCCUGAGCACCCUCGUGGUUCUGGUGCGUGUAUUGCCUGUACGGGU